CAAUCCCAUUAAUUUUCAAAAGAAAUGGUACUUUUAUUCGUUUUUUAAUACACACAAUGAGUAUUUAUUAUUACUUAAACAUUACAUUAUCGCUUCAUAACGAAGAAUCUCGUGAAAUAACACCGGCUUUCUUUAAAAAACAUUUCGUCCAAUCCAUAAAUCAGUUGUUUGGCGAAACCGUCUCUUCUUGCGGGAUAGAUCUACUAAAAUAUAAUCCAAAAACUAAAGAGGCUAUUAUUCGUGUUCCUUCAAGUGAAUACGUUAAAAUUAGGGCGAGUUUAAGUUUGUGUGGAACGUACGAAGGAGUACCCUGUACUUAUACAAUCAAAAAAGCUGCAAGUUGUUUGAAUUCUUUGAUUGCGGAUAGUAGGAGAUAUAAGCAUAGUACAAAAGAUGUCGCACUGUAGAAGAAUGGGUCCUAAUAAGAAGGAUAUUGUUAUUUUUGCUACAGAAGAAGAUCAUAAAAUUCCCAGUAAAGUUACACUUCCAGAAAUCGAACAACAACCUGGUUUAAUAUUAGCUAACGGUGAUAUAAAUUGGAAUUGCCCUUGCCUCGGUGGCAUGGCUACAGGACCUUGUGGAGUUGAAUUCAGAAAAGCAUUUAGUUGUUUUCAUCAUUCUACAGCAGAACCCAAAGGAAGUGAUUGUUUUGAUCUUUUUAAAACAAUGCAAACAUGUAUGAGGAAAUUUCCUGCUUUGUAUAGUAAAGAUAUGGGUGAAGAUGAUGAUUUACCUUUACCUGAUGAAGCGACAAAAAUAGAAAACGAACAUAUGAAUAGUGGGAAAAAAACAAAAUAAUUGGUUUAAGUUGAAAAAUGAUAGUAGAUUUUAUAGUCAUUUCUGUUUUUCCGUUUAAUACAAACUCCUUUGGUUAGUACUAUUUGUUUUAUUUUAUUGUAUUUCUUGAGGAGUGGUCCAAUAAAUCAUCUCAUACUUA